AUGAACUCAUCAGCUGUGCUUCUUUUCAAACUAACUCCGUUCUUGGAAGAUCGCAUAUUCAGUGUCCCAGGUGAAAUCCACGGUGCCAUCCCCUCCAGUUUGGACAUACAUGUUACUGACAUUACAGGCUUAGGAAGUAGGCCCUUUAAAACCAUGACAAUGAGACAAAUAUACAGUAUGGAAAAAAGCAAAUUCCCACUGAGAAUUAAAGUAAUGAGUGUGGUCCUUGCAGAGAACAAAACAGGCACAAUCAGGCCCUUUCUGUUUAAGCAUGGGCAGAUUUCCCGAGGAAAGAGAAGGUGGCAUUUUCUCAUCCUGUACUAUCAGGGCAUGGACUUUGGGAGAAGUUGGUAUUGUAACUUGGUUUCUGGUGUCACUGUGGCUAUGCAAAGUGGGCAGGUCCAUUUCCCAUUUUCCAGAGACUAUACUUCCCAAAUGGAGCCACUUGCAUCACUCACAGCCAGCGAGUGUUUGAAGAGUGUGGUUUCUGCUGAAAUCCAGGGUGAGCUACACAGAGUAGAGGUCCUAAAGUACCAGAAUAUUACCCCCAAAGCUGAAGUCAAACUCCCCCCGUUCACAGGAGAGCUGCAUGAAGUCAGAAGACUCCCAUGCCAUGGCACAGUACUCAGCCUAGAUCCUUCCAUGGCCAGAGACCCUCUGUAUGGAAAUGAGGAUCUGAGAAUUGAAAAUGCCAUCAUUGAACAAUGCCUCACAGCCAAAGAUGGAGCUUUAGAACCUGAUCCUGCCCUGGAAGGUGCAGCCCCAGGAGACACAGGAUCUCCCACCACCACUGUGGGCCAAAUCGGAGGCCCCGGGGGGCUGGGACCCGCGUCGGGGCGGCGGUGUCAGGCCCUGCGGGACGACAGAGUGGACGCGCGCCUGCGGAGGCCAGAGCCGCCUCCUCGAGAGUGGGGGAGAUGUCUACAGACAAGAGGACAGACCUCAGCGGACACAUGUCGGUGGACCGCGGGCACCGAAGGUCAGAAGAGCCAGAAGGGUGACAGGGAGCGGGCAGCACCCCGAGGGACCCGAGAAGCCGCGGGCGGGUUGGAGGGGCAGCGCCAGCUCCCGGCAGGGGUGAAACCCUCUCGAGAGUCAGCCGGACGCGCUUCCGCGCCCUUCCUCCGGAGGGCCCCGUUCCAGGGUGGUCCUCGCUGCGGCGUUCCCAAGCAGCCGGCUGCAGCGAUCCCAGGCGCCGCGACCUCUCUCCAGGUUAGAGAGCCGGAGGGCAGCGCGGUGCGGAACCCGCCCCGGCCCGCCCCUCUCCUCCCCCCUGCCCGGGAGGCGAUUGGUUGA